AAGAAACAAUCCCACGCACGACGGCAUCACCGCUUAAGCGCGAGAAUACGGUGGCGGAGACAACACAUGUGUUUGUUUUUAUUUACUUUUAGAGUUUAUUAACGUUUAAUUAGCGCCCGUGAUGCUAAAUUUAAUGUGAACGACAGAAACAGGAGAUUAGCUGCGCUCGCGACAUGAUUCACAGCAGAGCAACUGUUGAAGUGGGCGCCGCACGUGCUCGUUAUCAGUGAGCGAAGGAUAUCAGAUUAGCUCCGGUGUGGUCGUCGUGUUGUUUCUUCUACCUCCACGACGUUAACGACGUUUACCGGCAGACAGAUGGAGAAGCAGCCUUUGCCAACCGAUGAUGAGAAAACGGGCACAGCAGAGUCAGAGGUCGAUGGCUACGCUGGUGAGGAGAGCCAGCAGGGCUCGUCGUCCACGCGAGCAGGAUGGAACAGUAAAAUAGAGUAUUUCUUGGCUCAGGUGGGAUUCAGCGUCGGGCUCGGCAAUGUCUGGAGAUUUCCAUAUUUGUGCCACCAGAAUGGAGGAGGAGCCUUUCUCCUGCUGUAUGUGUUGCUGAUGCUGAUUGUGGGCAUUCCCUUGUUCUUCCUGGAGCUGGCAGCGGGUCAAGCCAUCCGACAGGGCAGCAUCGGAGUGUGGAGGUACAUCUCCCCCAGGCUUGCAGGCAUCGGCUACUCCAGCUGCGUGGUUUGUUUCUUUGUGGCCCUCUACUACAAUGUGAUCCUUGCAUGGAGUCUUUUUUAUCUUGGGAACUCGUUCCAGUACCCUUUACCUUGGGAAACGUGUCCAGAACACAGGAAUGUAACAGUAAAAGAAUGUGAAAAGAGUUCUCCCACAUCGUAUUUCUGGUACCGUAAAGCUUUGGACAUCACAGACUCAAUCGAUGAGACGGGCUCUUUUAAUGUUUACAUCGUCUGCUGUCUGCUGGCAGCUUGGACUGUUGUGUGCCUGGGAAUGUUCAAGGGCAUCAAGUCCUCUGUCAAGGUGAUGUACUUCUCCUCCAUCUUCCCCUACGUGGUGCUCUUCUGCUUCCUCGUCCGUGGACUAAUGCUGGAUGGGGCCUUAGAGGGAAUAUCCCACAUGUUCUACCCCAAGCUGGCAUUCUGGGCAGAUGUGCAGGUGUGGCGGCAGGCAGCUACGCAGGUUUUCUUUGCCUUGGGCCUUGGUUUUGGGUCCAUUAUCGCCUACUCCUCCUACAAUCCCAAGAACAACAACUGCCAUCGUGAUGCCUUCACUGUCUCCUUCAUUAACUUCCUCACAUCUGUGUUGGCCACUUUGGUGGUGUUUGCUGUGCUCGGCUUCCGCGCCAAAGAAAAGGUCUUAACAUGUAUAGAAAGCAACUUGAAGGAGCUUUCAGAACAGUUCCACAGCGGUUAUGUGGACGGAAGCCUGAUGCCAGAAUUCAACUACUCUGAUCCCAGGUCUGUUGCUCUGGAAGGCUACAGGUCCUGGUUUAAACAGUAUGGAAGUAAAGUCCCUGGCAAUUUAACAGACUGUGACCUGGAAAAAGAGAUGCAGGCGGGCGUCGAGGGCACAGGGCUAGCUUUUAUUGCCUUCACAGAGGCCAUGUCACUCCUGCCUGGCAGCCCCUUCUGGUCCGCACUCUUCUUCCUCAUGCUGCUCAACUUGGGACUCAGCACCAUGUUCGGCACUAUGGAGGGCAUCCUCGCCCCCCUCACUGAUCGCUUCAAAACUCUGGCAAACAACAAGACCAAAUUCACAAUUUUCAGCUGCAUCGUUGGCUUUGUGAUUGGCCUGCUCUUCACUCAGCGCUGUGGGAACUACUUUGUGACGAUGUUCGACGACUACUCCGCCACUCUGCCCCUCAUCAUUGUCGUGGUUUUUGAGACCUUCAGUGUAUCUUGGCUAUAUGGCGCUGAUAGAUUCCUUGAUGAUAUUGAGGCAAUGCUGGGAUGGCGUCCCUCUGUCAUUUACAAGUACCUGUGGAAAUACAUCUGCCUACUUGCCAUGGUGGGGCUGCUGUUAGCCACCACUAUCCGCAUGUUUAUUAAACGCCCCACCUACAAGGCAUGGAACCAGGAGACGGCUUCUGAAGAGGAUCUGGAAUAUCCUGGUUGGGCUCUGGCUGUUCUGGCUUCAUUGAUCAUAUUUGCCAUGAUGCCCGUCCCGGUUGCCUUGAUCCACGCUCUUCUGCAGGACAGGAGAAAACCGACAUCCAGAGACACAGAGAUUGGUCAGUACAGCAUUGUUAGCACUGUCGACACCCCCUUGACCGACAUGUCAGAACUGGACCUAAAGAACGGUGUUGCUGCUUCUGUUUCCUAAACUUUGGACUGACAUCAUGGAGAGGACCUAAAGUAUGCACAAAACAUGUAAAUGGGCCAUUUUUAAGGACCAUUCUGUUGUCUCACAGCUUUUAGUGCACAGGCAACAACAUUUCAAUAUUUAAAACCGUUUUUCUUUUUUUUUCGGUUCAGUCCAAGCAUAUCCAGAGGGUAUGGUUUUCUCACAAUGUUCCAGCAAGUAAAACUUUAAAAAUAUUUAAUAUGGAUAAUAAUGAACAAAUAAUUUAUUUCUUUGUGAUACUUACAAGGUGGAAUUACAACAUUUUUUUAACCCCUGUUGAUUUUAUAGAGUUGUCUAAAUGAGCAAAAACAAUGUUUCUUCGUUUUCAGUAGAAGCCAUAGACGACAUGUCAUGGUCCUGCUGUUUGGCUGUUUGGAUCAACAUUUUAUCUUAAAUAUCCUACAUCUGUAUUGGUCUUUUUCACUUAGGUAAAAACACACAAUUGCAUCAAUAUGUACUUAAUUUCAAUGAUCCCCACCUGCUACUGAAAAUCUACCAACCACUGUGCCAGCUUUUCAAUCUUUCACUACUCAUUUAGGGACAGAGUUGCAGCCAGUUACUGCCAAAACCUCUUCUGCAUGAGGUCAGUUUAAAGCUCUUUCAUGUUGAUUUUUAGUUUUCCUCAAAAACUGGCUGUCACAUGAAUUUUUUCAGCACAGUAAAAGUUUAUAGAGACUGUUACACCAGGAAAGAGUCAGUUGCAGAGAGAGUGUAGUGUGGUCAAAUGAAACAAAUGAAUUUGCUAAAUUCAAGCCUUUGCCAAAAGGGUUCAAGCUUUGCUGAUUUAGCCUUUCUGCGACAACAUUCCUGCACUGAUGCACUAUCAGUCAAAUUUUCCAUCAUAGCUGUUUGCUUUGCCACACCUGAAAAUGGGAGCAACUAUGGAGACAGAAGCCAUGUUUCCAAAUCAUAUUUUUCUGCGUCUUUUUAAGUAUUGCAUUAGAAGAAGUUACCGUAAACCACUAAAUUUGUAAAAAUUUUUCCAUUUUUGCUAAAGAGUUUUUAUGUGGUUUCGACUUUUGAAAACGAGAUAACAGGCCUAGUGAGAGAUGGAAACACUGGUCAGCUGAUUCCACUUCUUCCGUAGUCUUCAACAGAAUGAAACUUGACCAAUACCAGCUGACAUUAAAGAACAUUUCCAACUUGCCCAAUUGAAAACAGUUUCCGAGGACUUCUCUACAGUUUUCUCUUGUAGAUGGCCAAAGAUUUGUUUGUUUCUGCUCCUUCCUCUGCGUUUUUUUUUUUUUUUUCUAAGCAGUUGACCAACAAUUGUUUUAUUUAUUACAGCCAUAUACUACCACCUUCCAAAAAUGCUACACAUCCUAAUUUAUUUGAUCCAAAGCGUUUGGAAACAAGUCAUUCUCUGUUUUUAUUUUUUGUAACGUUUCAAAAUAUUGCUCAAGAUUCAAGAUACUUUUAUUGUCAUUAUACACGCGUGUACAACAAAAUUAAGGUGCACAGUCAGGACACGGACUCAACCAUCACUCACAUCAGUACCAAAUGUACCCAGGCCAAUGCAGUAGGACAGUCAAAUGUUCAAAUAUUGCACUUCCACUGUCAGUGUUUUUCAUUGUUCAGUGUGAUUAUGGCUGUGGGGUAAAAACUGU